ACCAGAGCUUCUCCAAGAGCAAAGGACUUCCAGGAGACCCCCCCACCCCAGCACACCAGACACAAGAAAGCCAGCGUUAGUUCGAGUAGAGCAUCACAUCUCACCUGAAGAUGUCUUCUGGGUCGUCGUCUCGGAGCAACUCGCCGAGCUCGGACUCGGAGUGGAGCAAGAAGGAGAACAAGAUGUUCGAGGAGGCGCUGGCCUACUACGGUGUGGGCGCCCCCAACCUCUGCGAGAAGGUGGCCAGCGCCAUGGGGGGCACCAAGUCCACUGAGGAGGUGCGCCGCCACUUCCAGUUCCUCGUCGACGACGUCAACAACAUCGAGCACGGUCGCAUCCCCUUCCCUAAGUACAAGACCCAAGGAUUCUGGACCUAGUAAAAGGUAUAGUUCUCAACAGACAUAGGAUACUCUGAUGUUAACAAAGUUUUCAGUUGAGCAUAAGCGUACCAGUUACUGCUGUAUUUGUCUGCUUCCUGAGAAAAGUAUGCUAGGCAUGACUUUGUCGUUAGCAUAAUAGAUGUUUUCUUAACGAGAAAGGUGCAACAGCUCCCGGGUGCCCCUACACCCUCACGAACAAUAAAUUUGUAAAAAAUUCAG